AUGGAAAACAUUCCUGAUUACUUAGGUUUCCCAAAGAGAAAUUCUACAGGAAAGCGAAAGAGAGAAAAAGAAGAUGAGAAAUUAGAUCCAUCCAUAAUAAACGGAAAACCAGUCGUAAAGAAGAAGAGAUUCAAGGAAGAAACCAAUCGGUGUUCGACGGAUACCUUCAAGUGCCCUGUUUGCUUGGACACAGUUUGUUGCCUCAUCAUGAAAUCGCUCCCUUGCGCCCAUGUAUUUCAUGAAAUCUGCAUCGACAGAUGGCUGGAGAAGUCCUUCCGUUGUCCAGUAUGCAGGUGGCCUACCACUGCUGAAACAAAUGAUUCACCGCUGAUAUAUGCCACUUCCUCAUGGGAGUCUAGUAGAAGUUAUGAAGCUGAUUCUGAAUCAGAAGAAAGGGAUGAUGAGUUUGAAUCUGAGCACUCAUCACUUCAGUCUGAAGUCUCAUCAACCCCUUCUGAUGACUCAUCACUCCAUUCUUCUGAUGAUGAAGAUUCGUCACUCCAUUCUGAUGAUUCAUCACUCCAUUCUUCUUCUGAUGAAUCAGAAGAAUGGACUGAUGAGGAUGAAUUAAAUGAGAGCGAAUGA